AUAAGCCUCAGCGUCCGGGGAUCGAUGAAAUUUCGCCGUGGCGACAAAGCAGCUUCUCUCGGUUGAAGAGUGCGACAUUUUAAAGGCUGGCUGCUGUGCGGGAUAGGACGACUCAAGCUUGCGGCUUUUAUUACGACAGCAAAUUUCCCAGCGUAGACCGCAACUUGCCUCUUGGCCGAUCCACCUGGCCCUGCGUCUGGUCCCCUGUUGCACGCCCCAAGAAAGGCACGCCGAAGCACGAGAUAUAGGGGACACAGUCCACGUCAACGAGUCAAUUGCCCUUUGAUCAAUACUAGUGUACUCACCCUACACACACUCAGCAACCAUGCCUUCACUGGAGCCAAUCACCCCAAGGAGAAACGAGUCUGUGGACUCAGGAUCUGACGACGAAGCGGAUCCAGAGCUGCUCGAGCUGCUGCGCCAGCAUCUCGGAUUAGGCAAACAAGACAAGAAUCUCCCACCCGAAACCAAGGUCUUGGAGAAUGCUCAAUAUGUCUUCGACAAUGCCAUUGACGUGGCACUCAAUCCGGCCCAGACUAAGGAGGCUGCCGAGACGAUAUGGCGGUUGAUGCAGAAGAAGGCGUAUUCUACGCAGACUUGGUCGGAGCAUGAGCUUCACCCGAAGACCAAGGAUGAGAGCACGGUUGACUUUAUCUUUACGAUGGAUCUUUUGAACUUUAGUUUUUGGUCUGCGGAGACGGAUGAGUCGAAGCGGUUUUCGAUUGAGUAUAGGGGGAGGCGGUGGACCGGGUACUGGAGCCUGGUCGCUGCUCUGCAGAGGGCUCUUGAUGAGGAUAUUCCAAUCACCACCCCAGACUUCUGGGUGAAUGAGGAUGAGUGUACGGACGAGGUGCUCCGUCACGUCUUCCGCUCCGCCACAGACGAAGAGAUUCCUCUCUUCAAAGAGCGAGUCCAAUGUUUGCGCGAAGCUGGUGACGUUCUCUGCAAUGAGUUCGGAGGUAGCUUUGCCAAUUGCAUUGACAGCGCCAACUACUCUGCCGCCGGCCUUGUCAACAUCAUCACCGAGAGCUUCGACUGCUUCCGCGAUGAAACAGUCUUCCACGGAAAGAGGGUUAGGUUGUAUAAGCGUGCCCAGAUCCUCGUUGCAGACCUCUGGGCCUGCUUCAACGGUGAAGACUUUGGCGAGUUCCACGAUAUUGAUAAAAUAACCAUGUUUGCCGACUACCGCAUCCCCCAGAUGCUGCAUCAACUCGGCUGCAUGCGCUACUCACCUUCCCUGGAGUCCCACAUCCGCAGCCUGAAGCCCAUCACACCCGGUUCAAACUGGGAGGUCGAACUCCGCGGCACCAGCAUCUGGUGCGUGGAGCUGAUCAAGCGCGAAAUCGAGAAACGUCACCCAGAAGUUAAAUCAGCCGGCAAGAAAGGGGUUUUCAAAUCUGUGGAGAACGACGACACUGACGCUCAGAAUGGCACCGAAAACAUCGAACAACCACAAAAGACAUACGGUAUCAACGCGAUCCUGAUCGACUUCUUUUUGUAUGAUACGAUGAAGACUCUAGAGCAGGAGAAGAAUGAGAGUAUCCCGCACCAUCGGACUCGAAGCAUUUGGUAUUGAGGCGUACCUGGGUCUCGCGGGUUUUGGCGUUUUGAGAUGCUUUACCAUGGCUCUGGAAGCCUGGCGCCUUGUCAGAUAGUAUUUUUCUUGUUGCCCUUUUUCCUUGGUUUCAUUUACUGGUUGGAUCCAGCGCAUAGACUACGUGAUGUGAAUGGAUGUGGUGGAUGUUCAUCGAUAGAGAUUAGAUAUUUCGCGUUCUCUUCGCAUAUUUCAAACAUGACGGAUAUCUUGGUUGUCUCAUUGCAAAGGGUAUCAUAUUCGGUCUAACGCCUAUUUCCUUCCAAGCGCGCCUCAAAUUCAAAACUCAUGCUGCAGCACGUCCGGCCCUAGGAGUCGCACCCUCAAUGCGAGCUAGUAUAUCUGCCUUCCACUCGACAUAAUCAUCCCGACGAUCCUCACUCAGAUAGUCCACCCGAUCUUGCAUCAUAGUGCCGAGACCGGGCAAGAGCCCGCCAUGAGUCUGCUUGCUAGGCUGUCCCGGGCGAGCCCCAGCGGUGCCAUCAUUGCGUUUGGGUAGCUUGACACCUCUAAACGCGGCAUCCUCUUCAUCAAGGUGGCGAAAUGAAAUUCCCUCCUCGUCUUCGCCAUGCAGUUCACCGGCAAGAGGGAUAUUAUCGAACCAUUCCUUGCCACUCGCCCAACCUUGUUCCAUGAUCAAAGCAAUCCACUGAUCGACAUCAUCACGAUGCCGCCUGGAGUUGGGAAGACCCAGGCUGGUCAAUGCAGUCUGACGCAUCUCCAUGAAUGUCUUCUUGUCCAUCUUUUGUGCGUCGGUAUUCGAUACCUCGCCAUCAGCCGAGGGCGCAGGGUUUCUUCGGCGGGCUAGCACGAUGAAAUAGACUGCAACAAUCAUCGCAUACACAAGCUCUUUGAAAUCAUCUUCGUUGCCUUGAAUGGACACGAUUGGUUCUAGAAAAUCGAGUGUCUCUUCGUCCAUCCCUUCCUCGUCAUUGGACAUGCUUGCCGUGAGAUAGAGGAUGGAUGAGACACCGGCAAAAAUGUGGGGAGGCAAUGUCCUUGAAAUUGGAGGCCUGGACAGGCUUGUGGUGCGUGGUGCUGGUGUUGAAAGCGUCUUGCAGAUUGUUCGGAUCGCGGUCAUCACCCACGCUGGGGCAUCUGGAAUGAUUGUUGAGUUGGCUAGCCCAUUGGACCGUUCUGGGGCUGCUUUGCGUGCUGAUUUUGACGGCGAUGCUAGUUUGUUAGCCACGCUAACACUUCGCUUCAACGGCGUGGACUUGGAUGGUGUGUUCUGGAGGCCGCGAGGUGUAGGUGCAGCCCUGGAAGGGGUAUUACGUGUCUUGGUGGGAGUGGUCUGUGUAGAUCCGGAUCUCGACGGUGUUCCGGGAAUUGAGCCACUCGCGGAGCGGUUUAUUCCUGCUGAACUAGCAGAAAGAGAAUUGUCGAGGAAUGUGUAGAGCUUCUUGUAAACGCGCGGCGGACAUGGUGGGCGGCCGAGUAGAGGAGGGAGCUUGAGAGCUCGACUUAACCUGUAUUCAUAAG